GUUCAGUUUAUAAGAGCGCGCUCCUCCCGUGAUUGGGUCAGACCCCUCCAAGCCACGCAGCCAUGCACAUCCUUGUCCUGUUACCGCUGUGUAUAUCCUGCUUAGGCCAAUGGCAGGUUGACGCCGCGGGGGAUCUGAGACAGGUGUCCUCAGGAGGUGUUGUCUACGCAGCUGCGCCCGAGGAGCGAGGGGCAUACGCCGUGGGAGGCUCCAAGGGGCAGUCCCACUACGGGUAUAACACGGGCACGGGCAUUGCGAAGGUGGAGGUGCGAAGGCCAGAUGGCUCUGUGGUCGGGUCCUACAGAUACUUCGAUCCUAAUGGGAAGCAGGUCGUCCGUUCCUACAUAGCUGACAACAAGGGCUUCCGGGUCUUGGGCAAUGACCUCCCGAUCAGUCCAGACACCCCUGCUUCCAAGGUCUACGGCGCCCCUGCUCUCACCGGAGCCUUCGAGGGCACGAGCGAAUUCGACAUUCCUCCUCCACUGACCGGUGGAUCUGGAAUAGGUCACCAGCCACAGCUGGCACAACAGUCACAGCCGCAGUACAAUCAGAUUCAAGGCACCUCGGGGCUAGAAGCGUUCCAGCAACAGCAGACGCAGCUGGAACAGCAGAGGGAAGCUCUCAGAGUCCAGCAGCAGAAACUGGAAGAGUUACAGAGGCAGCUGGAAGCUCAGCAGCGGGCCUUGAGCCAACAGCUUCCAGUUCAGCAGACUCAGUUGACGCCUAGGCGAGUUUCCUCCGAGGCUUUGUCAUCUUCCUCACUCCAGGUCCACCACCCGUACCACCGAACUGCAAACACGCUAACGGGAGGCUACACUUCUCCUUACUACUAUUACAACAAGCACCUGAACUACGACUUUCCAGCUGGCUUCGCUUACGCUGGGCUUCCAGUGACGAGACCUCAACAGCAGCAGACGCAGGUUAGAACUGGCUGCUACCCCGGUAGCAAUGAACUUGGUUGCGGUCACAAUUAUAUCGUAGGGCGGGCUCGUUAGUACUACAACUCUUCCUGGACGAACCGACUCCUGUGUGGUACAUGUUAGGUGGAUCAAUGUCACUUCCUGUUUCCAAGUAUACUUUCUGUAUCCAUUUACGUUUACAUCUCCUCCUGAGCAGUGUCUUCAUGACGGGUAAAUUUUUUUUAUUUUGGUGACGGUCACGGGGUUUGGUAGAAGGGUUUAAUUGGUGUAACCUUACGUAGUGUCUACUUAUUCUUGAAACUGAAAGGUUUAAAAUACUAUUGUUUUCAUUUUGUUCAUCAUGUGCUGUGUGUAGUUGUAAGCAAGUUAUUAUAAUCCCCCGCCCCCCCGAGAUGAAUGAAUGAAAAUGUCUUUUGUGACGUAGAAUGUUGAAGUUUUCAUUGAUUUUGAUGUUGUUGUCCUAACCAGUUCAUUACAAUCUUUCACUUCUGUCAUGUGGAGGAAGUCGGCACAAGUUCUCGGUGUAUUUUGCUUAUAAUACUUUAUGUAAAGUGUAGCCUUCUGUGUGAUAUAUCAACUAAAGAAUAAAGUUAUUUACAUAUA